AUGAGCCCGACUCCGACUGCGUCUGCGUCUGCCACCGAUUCGCGGCGCCGCGGCCCCAGCCAUGCUGUCCAGCCCCCACCGCUGGUGACGUCCUUGAGCGGGCUGCAGUUCCAGAGCAGCACCAGCAGCAACAGCAGCAGCAACGGCGGCGGCGGCGGUAGCGGAGCCGGAUAUCUCACACCCACGGCCAUGAACUCGCCGUUCUUCCCGCCCGCGCCGCUCAGCGGUCUGGCCACGCCGCUGGCCUCACGUCCGGCCUCAUACACCACCGCCUACAAUCCGCAGGAAUGGGGACCCAUCGCGCCCGGCGGCGCGUCGCCCGUCGUGGGCAUGGGCAUCAUCUCCGCCCCUGCGCCGCACCGCAGCCUCGUCGCCAGAGCCGGUGAUGUGCCUGCGUCGCCCGGCCCGCCGCCGCCCUACUCGCCGCCGCGCUCACAGCCGCCCCAGCACGACGCCCGCGUCGCCCUCUCGCCGCAGAAUCCUACGCCGCGGCCGCAUCCGCGCGAGCUGGCGCCCGCUUCCGCCGUGCAUCCGUAUGCCGCGCCUCGUCCCCGGCCCACGUCCAUGGUGCAGACCAGCGAUCUCGAUGGCCGCCCGAACCAGCCGUAUUUCUACCCGUUGUCAGGCCAAAGAGGCCGUGACUUGCAGUCGCCCGCCCGGCCUGAUCUCUCGGACGCGAAUUCGCUCGUGGGCACAUCAUCCAGCCAGCCCAGUGUUCACUCCUCGCAGGGUCGUAGCUCGCCAGGCGACUAUGAGGACGUGCACCAUGCGCGUUUAGUGGCUCCGGGCUCAAGGAGGGCCGCGUCGACUGGCGACAUCAAUCCAGCGUCGUCUUCGAGGUUCACGCUGUACGCUGAUGCGUUGGCGGCGUCGAUGGGGCGAUGGGCGCCGGGAAUGCCGCUGCCUCCUCCACCGCCCGGCCCGCCUCCAGGAGCGUCACCACGAGUGCGUCCAGCUGUGAUGGAGCCUGCUAACCAGACUGUCAGCGCAAUUAACCGCAGCAGGCCGCCCCCGCCGUCCACGGGCACGGCCCUGGGCUCUGUUCCGCCAACUCCUGCUGGCUGGACUGCCACUGAUUCCCGUCCCGCCCCGGCAGCUGAAGACCUAAGUAGCGACCAACAUGGCUCCGUGCCUGUUCAGGGUACUGACAAUCCACGGCCCUCCUUGCGUCGCACGUCCCUGAGCUUCUCGGGUCCAAGCACGCCGGUUACACGCCAAAAUACCAGAAGAGCCCCAAGUCGGGGUGCCAACCCCAAGGAAAUACGAGAGCGCCGCAUCGAAAGCAGGAAUGGAAAAGAACCAGAAUCGCAGAGCCAGACUCCUGGCGCCGAGGAGGCCCAUACAUCCUGGCCGUCAGAUCUCGUUCUAGGCAAUCCUGGUGGCUCUGGCUUAGUUCGCCGGCGCACUGUCACCAAGUCCACGCCUCGCAGCGCACGGAGCCUUCCAUCCAGCGGCCAAGAGAGCGAUGGUUUCCCGAAGAGCCCAUUCGGCAAACGGACUUCAUCGACCACUUCUUUUUCAACUCCAAGGGCCUUGAAUACUGCUGACUGGUCGCCAACGCCUCCGUUCUCGCCGCGAAUAUACCCAAAGUCACCAACACCGGUGACCGAGGGCACGCCCCAGAAAUCAUUACCAACGCCUCCGCCGCAGGCCCAUAGACCUGCUGGACCUGCCGCGGGCCUAACUCCUAUCAUAACCGAGCAGAUCAGGCCUGUUUCACAUCUACACCUCUCAGUAGACGGGUCUCCUUCAGAUGCUCCAUUGGUCCCGAGGAAGGUAGCUAUGCCGAUGUUCACGCCGCCUUUAUCUGGCCGUCGAGACGAGGCGUUUCUCCGCAACACAGAGCGUCGAUAUCGUGAAUUUCUUGAGAAAGAAAUUGAUGCACGCACUGACUCGGAGGCUCUAGAUGUUUUUUGUGAAUUUAUUACCUCGGAAUCCCAGAUUAGACGCCAGCGUUAUUCGUCCGCUUGGGAGGACGGAUCAUUUGACCGCGUAGAAGUCGAUCAAAAACUAUUUCAAAAGCAAGCAGGUAGGGAAGAGCCGCCACAUACUCCAGCAUUGCCUCUGCUGAACACUGCGGGUCGAAUGGAUGGAAUGAGUUCGGGGGCAUGGGGCAAUUAUAAGCCAGCAUUAUCCCCAAUAGCGAGUAUGAGCAUGAGCAACGAUGAGAUGAGUUCCCGCGGUAGGCCACCGAGCCGGUGGUGGGAAUCGCAAACAGGCUCUGAGAGCGGCGAGAACUGCCAGGGGGUGCACCGCUCAAAACGCGAAAGUAAAUAUAUGGGGUUGCCACUGCGCGGAGUUAUGGAGCAAGAUUACUGCACCUCGCCAGAUGCUGAAGGCCCGCGGAUGAACCCCAAUAAUCCAUUUUCAAAUUACGGACCCAAUGAAUAUCCUGCAGAGAAGACAGGCUGGCAUGACGAGCCUGGUAGCUCCCAGGCCCCGGCUCGCCAGCUAUCACUUAAUCGUGAGUUUCCAAAGCUAGACAUAUCUAGACUCGUGACUCUCCCUCCUCCAUAUCCUAGACAUUAUCCCGGGGUCAACAAUAAUCACCCCGACCUUGGCUUCUAUCGCACAACCGUCAGAUCCGUGACCGAUCUGUCUGAGGUACGAGAAGCCUGCCAAAAUCACCAAAUCAAGUUCCAGAAACUGCGAGACGACUAUCAGAAUAGGCUUAAAGAGGAACGCCAGAGCUUCCGUCUCCGCGUAAACCAGGCCAUUGAGGAAGGAACAAUUUCCUAUGCCGAAGCCGCAGAAGCAGAGGCGGGACGGAGAGGGUCCGAACGGGAGGAGGAAAAGCAGCUGGCGCAAAGUGAAUUUGACUCCUACCAGGAGGAAGUCCUCCGUCCCAUUCAGAGUGUCCUGAAGGACCGCAUAAACGUUAUCAGCGCCUGUAUUAAUGAGCUCCAGGAUAAACUGUUUGAUUCUGCCGAGCGUGAGAAUCCCAACCAAGCGCAAGAGGAAGGCGACGAACGGCCCGAAUUGCUGGAGAGGCUGACACAGCUAAAAUGGCUGUUCGAGGCCCGUGAGCAGCUGUACCGCGAGGAGUAUGAUCUCCUUAGCAAGUAUAAUGAGAAGUUCAGAGCUGUGGUCUCUUUGCCGUAUCGCCAAUCGAACAACUUGGAGAAACUGAAGGAAACGGAUAAUUUCUUCAUUCGAGACGCUCAGACUCGGCAAACCACAUUUGCAUCAGAGACACUUCAGCGAUUCGAGAACUUCAUGACCGUCAUUGAAUCCAAUGUUAGCCGCGGCGUGGAGAUCCAGCUCUCGGCUUUCUGGGACAUUGCCCCGUCUCUCCUUGCCGUUCUACAAAAAGUGCCCGCCGACCUUCGCGGAUUUUCAGUCAAGAUCCCACUUAACGAAUACGACGAAAAUCCCAGCUACUACCAAUACCCACUGCAAUACCUCUACUCCCUCCUCUCGCACGCCGAAAAGGCUACCUAUCAGUUCAUCGAAUCGCAGACCAACCUCCUCUGCCUCCUCCACGAAGUCAAGUCCGGCCUCAUGAACUCCAACUGCAAGUACAUGGAGAUCCAGCGCCUCAACUCCGGCGAGCCGGCAGAGACGGUGAAGGCGGAAAUGCAAGAAUCCUUGGCCGAAGAGGAGAAGGUGCUGACGGCAGAUUUGAAGGAGAAAGUGGGCAUGGUGGAUGGCCAGUGGCAGGAGGCCUUGGGAUCGCAGUUGGAGAGUGUGAAGGGCAGGGUGCAGCGGUGGCUGAUGCAGGAGGGUGGAUGGGAUGGGAUUUUGCAGAUAGAGCAGAGCUAA